AUAAAAAAUCAUCAUAUUUCUGACUGUUGUUAUUUAAGAUAUGUUUAAAUAUGUCAACACAUGUGUAAAUGCAUAUAUAAACAUGGUUGCGUAAUAGGAGCUCGUCUAAAAAUCCAAAUUCUGCCCACUUUAGGCAUCAAGAAAAUUCAAAAAGUUUGCCUACUUAUUUGUUUUGCGUCAAAAUGAAGAGACUGUAUUUUCCUAACAUAGCGACCAAGUUCAGUACUUCCACAUCGCACUUAUUGCGAAUACAAAAGCUAUCGCUUGAUUUUCGGUUGAAAAAUAAACGAUAAUAAAACCGGAUAAAUUUUUUCUUAUGCCCACAUUUUGGCGUAAAUGCACGAAAACAUCGACAUAGUGAAUCACAAAAACUCAGGAAAAUUCAUAGCUAAAAUGGCAAAAGAAAGAUCAGAGGCAUAAGCUCUAAGGCACGCAAACAGAAAACAACCAACACUAUCAAAAGGAAUGACAACUAGUUUUAGUAUAAGGAGAGCGCUUCAUGCGAGGAAUCAACUAUUGGAUGCUCAUUACUUCUGAGUUACGUAAAUAAAGGCACCAACAGUUGAUAAGUGAGCGAGCGGCAAAUUAAUACAUAAUAUGUAUGCAUGUACAUAUGUAUGUAUGUAUUUUAAUAAGGGAAGUAAUAGGACUCUUUAAAGCUUUUAAAUAUGAAAUCGCCUCCAACGGUAUUUAGAUAGGCCCUAAAUACCCGGUCACAAGAAGAAACUGGUGGAAAGAAAAACCAGACAACUACAUUUACGCCAUUGAGGCCACAUGGAUAGAGCGGAAAACUGGCUGUGCGCCAUGAAACAGACGGACACCAAGCCCGCACACGUAUGCAUCAGCGCUCGAAAAAUAGAAACAAAAGUCGUGUAAGUGUUUAAUACAAACAACAGUCAGGGAGCACGCACACCAUCACCGGCGGUACGAACAACGUAGGAGAGGCGAGAGCAAAGAAAGAGUACUGUAAGCCAUCAGCGCGAAACUGUGUGCGUACGGAAAUGCAUUAGUAUGGGUGAGUGGUGAGUGUAAUGGCAAACGGCAGCAACAUUUAUUUCGCUCAGUUUUAUUUCGUUUUCUCGUCGCAACGCAAGUGCUGGUGAAAUCGUUGUGGCAGAAGUCUAUUUUAAGUGAAUAAAUCUUUUGUUGUGCUCAUGUUCGUAAUUCCAAAACGUUCGUCGAGACUAAAAGACUUCUGCUAAGCUUUCGAGCAAAGAAUAAAAUGAAAAAUACUAUUUUCCACAAAAACAUAGCGUAGCGAUUGUGAACAGCGUAAAAAGAAGAAAGCAAAGAUCUGCUUCUGUUUCUCACUCUCUCGGAAUUGCGCUCUCCGCUUUCAAUGAUCAAUACAUUUACAGUUUGUUAUUAUUUGUUUUUCAUUUUGCCUUUUGUUUUGCACGCUCUCAGUAACCGCGAGACGACUUUCUCAAAUUGCAAGUGUAAAAAUUUAUGAAAACGAAGUAGUGGGCAAGGCGAACUGCAUUGCAAAUGCAUGUUCGGCUUGACGCUUUGAGCUAGGAAAAAAAACGCGCAUUGAAAUUCGUAUCAUGGAUGCUCAGUUUGAGCACUUGUGCCGCAUUUGCGCUGCCAACACGAAAAGCAAGACGAAUUCCGUGGUCGAAAGUGUGUUUAUUUUUAAAACACAGGGACUGAAGGAUAAAAUAUCUCGACACCUUUAUCUAAAUGUAGCUGAAGAAGAUCCUCUGCCAAAAGUGCUCUGCAAAUCUUGUUACCGCCAGGUAGAGGCCACGGCGUCGCUGUCAAAUAUAGCAAAACACACUCAGCUCGUGUUUCGGGACUUUCUCCUUAGUACACUGCCUAAGAAUGCGAGGGAAGCGGCUGCCGCACGGCUGAGCGUUCCAGCAACCAAAGUCCCACACCGAUACGACGAGGUCCAAGCGGAAAUUGAUGAAUUUCGCCCCAUUUUGCUGACCCGCGUGCCGGAGUCCAGAAACACCGCAUCCAAGCCUCAACCAGACAGUUGCGUAGAGCUUGCUCCAAAAACCGGCGAAAACUACUUGGCUGCGUCUUUCUCAUCCUCUUCUCUGAGCAAACCCGCUGGAUCAGUAAAGAACUAUAUGAACACUGGGCGUCGCAACAGCGUUUUUACAGACACUAGGUAUGGAUCGGCCCCACUGUCUAUCGCACAACGAACUAUGCAGUGUCUGCCUUCUUUGGUGCCCCUAAAUACAGAGUCAUUGGGUAGCAACGCAAUGAGAAAGAGCCCAGACUCAAAACCAUCGCCGACAGGAGUAAUAAACUUCAUCCAGACUCAUGGGCGCAUCACAGGUAAUAUACCUGAAGUCCAAACAGAGGACAAUACCGGAAACAUCAACCUGACAGAUAGCAGAAACACGGUUACAGCUUCCGUUCUUAUUUCUUCAAACGUUAGCAAUCCAGGAACGAAAUCUCAGGACAGUAAUUUGUUUCUGCAGAAAAGUAGAAAUCUUAAAAACACAUUAAACAACAUUAAAGCCAUGCGUAGCGGACAGGUAUCACUGCUUAAGUGUUCGCAAAAUCGAAACCCUAUUGAUGAUGUUAGACCACUGGUCACAACUACACUGGUACCCCAAUACGGGGGUGAACCUUCCGUAGAGGAAGCACUGCCAGAGCACAUGAUCUUUGCGGCGCCAAAAAAGAAGAGGGAGGAUGAAGAACAAUUUCAUCAAACGGCUCUGCCAAAGCUGAAGAAAACUGUGCCCAGCCAAUCUAAGACAAAGGCGACAACCCUCGACUUAACUAUAUCGGUUGAUUCGCAUAAUUCACCCCCGUCAACGUCAAUUUCUAAUGUUAAAAGCCUCACUGAUGCAAUUUUCCUGGGAAGCGUUAUUAGGGAUCCAGACUUGUUGAUGCUUAUUCUCAAGGCUCUGAAAUGGCCGGUGACAGCAGAAAACUGCGAUGAGCAAAUGUCCCGCUUAAAAAGUUCAAAGUUUGCUGUUAUAAUGUCAGACACAAACCUUCUUCAAGACACAGAUCUCACACAACUUUUAGGUCCAUAUUUGGCCCCAAUGCUGCCUGUGGUUCAGCAGCAAGAUCAGCCUCCACUUUCCUCAGCUAUCGCGUCUGCUUCUUCAAACACUUCAUCGCAGGCGACUAAAGAUGUACUUAAGCUUACUGACUUAUCCAGUGCAAUGCCUUAUAAACUUCCACCAGAAACGUCGGUUCAAUUAGUGCCUUCCAGUCCCACGGAACAGGAACCGCAGCCACUGCGUCACAAAAAGACGGUUAGCGUUCCAACUUUCAAACGCCAUCAACGAAAGAUGAGUGCCCUUGAUUUACCUGCUGUUGACAACACCCGCUCCACAAUGUCGAUAUCGACUUCAAAGGCAGCUUAUGUCAGCAACGAACUAUCGAGUAUCAACUCUGUGCUUUUUUCGCAGUUCGAAUCAAAUCCGGCCGACGCUAUUAAUGAAGCGCUUAUGUCCCUCCUUAAGCAGCAACAACAAGAAACAAAAGACCAGCGAAAAACUCGUCAGAGUUGUAUUGGCUCUGACAGUGCCGUUAAUUUAGAAGACAUUGUACUGGUCGAUCCCCAACCGCCCCUUGAAGUCGAUCCGCAGGAUGUGAAGUACCUUGAGGAUGACUACGUCUCUCCGCAGUCCCAGCCCGGAUCCCAAUACAAUUUUAAAAGGCGCAAAACAGACAAUCGGUCAUCAGAGCCGUCUGAAGUCAUUGUGCUCGAUAACAGUGGAUCCCCAAAUUUAAAGAAUUCAAAAGAAAUAUGUCUAAGUACGAAACAGAUUUUAUUCAGAGAAACAAAGAAAAGUGCGGUAACUGUUAGAAAAGAAUCUUUGGGUCAGCUAACGCAGGCACCCACAAGUACCGUCCCGGAAGACAUUUGCGAUCCUAAGGCCAGGGCCAUUAAUGCGAAAGAAAAUCCCGAAGUGUGUGAACCAGCCCCGGACAAUGGAGCUAGCGACGAUAUUGAUGAUAGCAAAGCAGGCUCGGUAUCCGUUCGGAAGUCGGAAGUCAAAGCUGCGCUCGGACAAAAGCUUUUGGAGGCGAUUGGACUUUCUCAGAUGGGAACCGAUGCAGCGCCUGAAAACUCCCGCGACACCCUCAGGAGUGCGCUAAAGCGCUCUAUAAAACAGGCCCAGGAACAACAGCUGCAGCUGAAGCGAGGCAAUCAUGAAGAACCUGUGAAGCAAAUGGCCGAUUCCACAACUAAGCUAAGUGCAGCAGAAUCGGCAGAUGAGCAUAAAAAAGCAAUUGCCGAGCGUGAGCUGGCCCUACUGAAUCGUGGACUUAAAGCAGGAGAAGAAAACACGAUUCCCCUAAAAGAUGAUAAGUCGGAGCGCACUGAUGUUAGUUCUUCAUCAUCAAGAAACCGCCGAGGCCGUAAAUUAAAGAUUAAUGCUAACGUCGAGGAUUUUGGCGAUGAAGAAAAAAAAGACUUUAGAUGGGAUGAAGACGAUGACUUGCCUUUAAAGGCAGAUAUGGAAAAACCUUCAGAACGGAGCAGCAGCAACACCCGACCGACGCGUACUAGCAAAACGUUAUCAAAGUAUUAUAAAGGACCAACUUCUAAAUCACAUCAUGGGAUGGGUACACGCUCGACACGACAGCGCUGAGAUAUGAUAUAUAUCCUUUAUAUAAAAUAUGUGGUUUUAUUUUUGGAAAAUAUCAAAUACAUAUUUUACGUCCCUCUAAGAUUCACAUGUAAUUGUGUACAAUGUACACUCCCAUUUAAAAACUAGUAUACUUGUAUUAACAUUAAAAAAAGCAAUGACUGGAGUCUACACACGAAAAUGAGUCAAGAAUAGUACAACUAUUUAAAGAGUAACACGAUUUGGUUCAAACAAUUUCCUUACGUAUGUACAUCGAUUAAUUAUUCAGCGCUUACGUUUUCUUUUGAGUUAAGUUUUGAACAUAUAAUGUACCCUCUGCUGUCUGUUAACAUAAAAUCCAGAAUAUGCCUUUAGAAAGCAGAACGGAAGAUAUUUUUUUGGUUUACAGUUUUUAAUCUAAGCUGUAUUUUUAUAGUUUUAAUUAAACUUUUGUUUUUAAUAAUAACGGUAUAUAUAAUAAUCAUUAUAAAUUAUGUAAAUAAAUAAUGAUGCUGAAAAUUAAGCAAUAAACAGUCUUUGAUAGUUCACAAACUUAUUUUAGUUAAAAAGCAGAAAGAAUGUAAGCUUCGACAGUUGAUUUCGAUUAUUAAUACCAAUUUGGUAUACACCACUUUUGUAACGAUAUAUGAUUUUUUGGUUUAAAUUAAAACAGCAGGAAAAUGAAAUAAAACAACUAAUAGGCAAUUGCCUUAAAAACAUGCACAUACGAAUGUAAAUAUGUAUGUAUGUACAUCAUUCUCUUUUUACAGCGAGAGGUCUAAUGGCUGAUUCAGAGAAUGAUAAAUGUGCAAAGCAAAAUAUCAGUUUGAAAAGCUUCGCGACGUGUAGCGGUUGUUGAAAUCGAGCAAGUUAAAAUUUGUACAUAUGUAGGUGUUUACGUGAAACGCCCCUGUGAUUCUAAGAAUGAAGAACAUUUUAUACUUGUGCAAUAAAAUAUUUUUUUUUUUAAUUAUUAGCA